UCGCAUCAACUUCUGUCCAGUAUUACGCUAAUCUCUCGUGCGAUGCGCUAGUCAAUCAGUUGAAUUUUGAAUCUGAGCAGCAUGGGUCGUGUUUUUGUAGCAGUUUGCACUUGUUCGUUUGUUUUAUUCGCGGCGGGGAUAUACAGCAUUAGUGCCCAGGACUCAGAGGGAGUACCCUGUGAAACCCCCAACGAAGAGUACGGGCUAUGCAUAAACAUAUACAACUGUAGCUAUUUGAUGAACCUUCUGGUCCAGCAAAGUAACAACCCUCGAGUGCGCACAUAUCUACGAGCUUCCACUUGCGGUUACGUGAAGGAUGUACCCCUAGUUUGCUGUCCUCUAUCCAAAAAUAAUAAUAACAACAACAAUAAUAACAAUAACAAUGUGAACCCCCCUGUUACGUCAACCACAACUAAUUCUCCUUCGAGCCGGACGCCAAGAACUAAUGCCAUUUACACGUUACCACGAAAACCAGACUGUGGACACAGUAAUUAUACAAAUACACGAGUUGUCAACGGUGAACGCGCCAAAUUAGGUGAAUUCCCUUGGAUUGUUGCUUUAGGAUACAAGAAUUCGAAAAACCCGGAUUCACCAAAAUGGCUGUGUGGUGGGACUUUGAUAACUGAUAGGCAUGUCCUAACAGCAGCGCACUGCGUACACAACAGACAGGAUUUAUAUAUAGCCCGACUAGGAGAUUUAGACCUCUAUUCAGAUGAUGAUGGUGCAGAUCCUGAAACAAUCCCACUCAUUAAAGCAAAAGUGCACGAAGAGUAUAGCCCAGUUAAUUUUACCAGUGACAUUGCAAUCCUCACUUUGGAACGAAGUCCCAGAAAAACUACAGCAUGGCCGGUUUGUCUCCCUAUUGAAAAUAAUCUUCGCAACAACGAUUUCCGCACAUCUAGUCCUACAGUGGCAGGAUGGGGUUCCAUCUACUUUCAGGGUCCCUCGAGUCCUACUUUGUUGGAAGUUAUUCUUCCCGUUUUGGACAAUGAACGCUGUCAGCAAGCCUACGGUACUCGGUCUAUUAUCGACGAAAGGAUACUAUGUGCUGGAUAUGCAAGAGGCGGCAAAGAUGCGUGCCAAGGGGAUUCCGGAGGUCCUUUAAUGCAUCGUAUCGCCGAAAAAAGGGGAAUAAUUUGGUUUUACCAAAUUGGAGUGGUUUCGUAUGGUCUUCGGUGCGCUGAAGCCGGAUAUCCCGGUGUGUACACUCGAGUGACACACUUCUUGGACUGGAUCGAGAGAAACAUUAACUGACAUGUAGUAACGCAAUAAAGUGUGAUCAGUAUUUUUCAUGCAUUGAAUUUUUCGAGAAUGCCAAUGUCAACGCCUUGUCCUAUUUAUUGAGGCUUGCUGAAGAGUUUUUUAAGUUGCUUUAUUUAUUCAGUCUGUGUAUUAAGUGUUUUUAUUAUGUAUGUCGUCGUAUUGAAAUAAAAUAUUGAAUUAUA